CUCCUGUCAAGACCCUCUCCCGAAGCAACCUAAUCGUUGGCUCAUAAAAUAUUCCAAAAUGAUUUGUACUAAAAGAAACGCUUAAAAUGCAUAUAUGUUUCUGAUAGCGACUUGCUUAUAGAAAUUUCGUAAAGUUAAAUAGUCGGCAGAACUGUAUUUAAAAGUUUAAUGCCAUUUUUCUCGAUGUGCCGUCAGGGUUAAUUUCGGGUUUGAUUAAUUUCAGACAUCACAUGAAUCAUUUUAAAAAGUAAUCUUUACUCGCUGUUUAAUCGAAAAGUUUUCACAAUUCUCUCAUUAUUCCGCAACACUUCUUACAACACAAAUAAUUCGGAAAUCCUCAUGGCCGCCACACUGUACAUAAAUUAGAUAAAGAUCUUUAUUUAAGCCAAAAUUAUUUUUAUUACACGUAAAUUAAUAUGGGGUAAGGAGAGGGAAACAAUCCUCAAUUUAAAUAGCUGUUGGAAAUAACCUACAGCGAGCCGUCCUGAUUAAAUAGGCAUAACAGUGGAUGGAUAUAAGGUCUCCCUUACGAGACUUCUGGGGUCCUCCGUCCGGCUGCCAAGGGUCCUUAAAUUCUUUAAUUAGGGUGUUUCUGUAUUGGUGGUGGUAUGUUCCGUACUGUGUGAAAGGGAGGGGUGGCUUGUGAUGGAAAGUGGCUCUGUAAAACGUCAGGAACUUCACAAAAGCAUUGCCACGUAAUUACAGGCUCCUAUUAGGACGAUCUUCCCUCCCAGGGGUCUUAGAUUCUCAUUUAUUCAGCGUUCAGGCUUCCUCUGCCUGCCAGUUCGUGUCGUUUGAAGUGCCAGAGUCUCUUAAAACCAUCUCAGUGAAGGACUCUUUCCAAAAGCAGUCCCUUUUCAGCCUUCCUCCUCUGAGCGUAAACUGAGAGCUUACUCACACGCGCAUCUGUUAGACAUCAUCUUCUCCGCUGCAAACCUCCAGCCAUUCAUGAGUCGUGAGUCAACAGCGUUGAGAAGAAAACCUUCUCAGAAGUCUUCAGGGUGGAUGGUGCCGAGCAAAUGGUGAGCUAUUCGGUUUUAGAAGAGUGGACAGCGUCUGUGGUGUGACAUCCCUUCUCCAGAAAAUCUCUGCGGCAAAUAAGACCUAAAUAAAGGGGAAAAAACCUUUUGGUUCCUGCUACGCGUCUCCCGUUUUGAAAGUUCAACAAAGCCUCUUCAAAGCUGAGAAACGUCAGUCCUAGCGGAUCUAUACAAUUGUGGACGCUGUGCUUUGUGACAAAAGGGGUUCUUGUUGAUUGGUUUGGCGCCAUUAUAGGUAUUUUUUGUCUGAAUGCGAGGAAUAACUUGGCUGGGCUGCUAUUAUUUUCUUUACUAUUCCGUAUUCUAUUUGCGUCAUGACUUCUAGUUAUGCACAUGUAAUGGACAGACAAGCUACGAUAUCCAGCCGCUUGGAGAGUCCGAUUACAGCGAAUCUGGAAAAUCUACAGGCUAAAAAGAACUUCUCAGUAAGCCACCUGUUGGAUCUGGAGGAAGCAGGGGAGAUGGUUGGGGCGCAGGCGGACGAAAGUGCGGCGGAGACUGGGAGGAGUAUGCUGGAAUCGCCGGGGCUGACCAGCGGCAGCGACACCACGCAGCAGGAGAGUAAGUGCGAAGUGAGCUCCCGUGAUGAGCAGCUGAAUGCAGAGGAGAAGAAGAAGAGGAAACAGCGCAGGAACAGAACCACCUUCAACAGCAGCCAGCUGCAGGCCCUGGAGAGGGUCUUCGAGAGGACGCACUACCCCGAUGCCUUUGUCAGGGAAGAUCUGGCACGGAGGGUGAACCUCACGGAGGCCCGUGUUCAGGUGUGGUUCCAGAACAGGCGGGCUAAGUUUCGCCGGAACGAGCGGGCGAUGCUAGCUAGCAAGAACGCCUCGCUUCUGAAGUCGUACUCCGGGGACGUGACGGCAGUGGAGCAGCCGAUCGUGCCUCGCCCUGCCCCUCGACCCAAUGAUUACCUGUCCUGGGGCACUGCCUCCCCAUACAGCUGCUAUCCAAUGCCCGGGGGAGCGGCUAUGCCAGUUCCACAGAAAAUGCUGCCCAAUGAAACGCUAUGGCUACCUACCCACCCACAUGUGCCAACACCAACACCACCCAGGGGAUGAACAUGGCCAACAGCAUCGCCAACCUCCGUCUGAAGGCCAAGGAGUACAGCUUGAACCAGGUGCCCACAGUCAACUGAGGACAAAUGAGCAAACCCCGAACUCCAAGGAGGACCUUCGGGCAUUCUUAUCGAGAAGAUCCACACGGGCCCACUGCGGGUAACCAGCCAGCCCAUGGGAUUUACAGCAGAUGCUUCUCCCAGAUGGACAUCAUGUUAUUGAUGAAUGUAUUGUAUUAUUGAGCAACCGAUGGGUUAGAGGAAGACUGAGUCAAAAGUGAAAAAAAUUUUGGAAUGCUUCAGUCUGAAAAUCCAAAAAUCACUUGUAGAUCCUAUUUAGCCAGUGUAAAAUGUUCUUGUUUAAUUGGCUUAAGAUGAAGAAAAGUGAAUUCAUUGACAAGGCAGUGAGACAUCAUUUCCUUCAACCCGAUAAAAGCUACGGAAAGUCUUACGGUCCAAUUGUGAGCACCAUCUGAGAAGACAGCGUCCAUGCUGAUGAUGCUUCCGAAGACCAUCCAGUCGGAUCACCAUGGUUUUCCGUCUGGACAAUAGUGCCCUUCGUCUCGUCUGUCAGCACCCUGUAAGAAUUAACGAUAAAACUCUGCCUCACAGAAGCAGCAACUCCCAGGGGUCUGGAAUAACCUAAAAGUGGGCUUCAUCCAGGACAGACACUGGGAAGUUAUAAAAUUCUUUUCAUAUCGUUAUUUGAUUUUGUUUGAUUUUGUUUUAUUUUCCCACUUUAUACCACUGACAAGCAAAGGUCGUCAAUGCAUUUUGAUUUAUAUAACAUACACUAUUCAACUAAUGCCAGCUAACAUUACUUUUGAAACCAAAUCCUAGUUGCUAUUUCUCUUUGUAUUUUAUCUUUAUUUGUAACAGAAAAUCUUAUAUAAUAAUAAAACGCUGUUGAAACAACAAACUGGAAUGUGCUAAAGUUUAGAGCGUAUUCAAAAAGGUGAUGAUAAGGUUUUACAGACUAUGGAACAGGAUAAUAGAAACGUUAUAUUUUCUUUAGAAAAAUGGUGAUUAGUUGCUAUGAUGUACUUUUGUUUAAAUCUAAAGUGUUACUUUCUUGAAAGAUCAUCACCAGGAUGAUUCCUGGCAACGGUGAUUCCAUAUUUAAGGAAAAAUCCCAUUACUAUGAAUUUCCCCUAGGGAAUACAUUGCAAUGUAUCCUGCUAAUGAAGAACUCUUUGGAAUUAAUAUUUAAGAAAUAGUUAUGAUUGAUUGAUAAAGUCAUUAGGCAGUAAUCAUUACUGAUUCAUUUCAUUUAUAGUCAUGGCUGAUUUAUCUACAUUUCCAUAAAUAAAUUUCCCACUUUUUUCUGGUG